AUGUCCUCCUUCCGCUUCAUCUGCCAGCGCUGCAGCCAGCCCCUGAAACUGACAGAGUCCACGGAAACCUCCCAGGAACCUGCAGCUUCAUCGCUCCACUCUGCUCGAGGGGAACCAGGAGAACCCCAGGGGGCUUCUUCCGGAGAGGAAGCCAGUGUUGUAAAUCUACAGGAUGGCACCUCUUGCCGGCCCUUCCCUGGUGGUGAGAUGUUCUGGGCCAGUUCUGAAUUCACUCUGCUUGGGAGACUGGGCUCCCUGAGAAGCCUCAACAGCAUCCAGAAGGCCAUUAGGGACAUUUUUGGCAUCCUCUCUGGUGAAACGGUUGUGGAUCACCCCCUCUGUGAGCACUGCACUGACUGUCUUUUAGAGCAACUGGAUGCUCAACUCACCACCACAGAUUCUGAGGUUCAGAACUACAGGCGCUGUUUAGAGACCAGGGGGUGGGGGAGUGAGGCUGAGAGGGAGACGCUGCGGAAGCAGCUGAAGGGCCUGGAACUGGAGGAAUCGAGGCUGGUCCGAGAGCUGGAGCAGGUACAGAAGAACCGAGAAAGGACCACAGCAGAUCUGGAGGCAGCCCAGGCGGAGACUGAGAUGCUGGACCAGCAGGAACAGCAGUACCAGAAAGACUACAGUAAGUUGAAAUGGCAGCAACUAGAACUUCACGACGAGCUGGGCAGUGUGGCGAGGCGGCUACAGCAUGCCCAGACCCGGUGGGACCAGCUGGAGAAAACCAAUGUCUUCAGGGCCACAUUUGAGAUCAGGCAUGGUGGUCCUAUAGCCAUCAUCAAUAACUUCAGGCUGGGCUCCCUCCCCGCGGUCCCUGUGGGCUGGAAUGAGAUAAACGCAGCCUGGGGACAGACUGCCUUGCUGCUCCACGCCCUGUCCAACGCAAUUGGCCUGGAGUUUCAGAGGUAUCUACUUGUCCCCUGCGGAAACCACUCCUACCUGAAGUCUUUAACAGGUGACCACAUUGAGCUGCCGUUAUUUGCGAAUGGGCAGCAGAGUGUUUUCUUGAAUAACAAAUUCGACCAGGCGAUGGUGGCUUUCCUGGACUGCAUGCAGCAGUUCAAGGAAGCAGCUGAGAAAAGUGAGCCACCACUCUUUUGGCCCUACAAGAUUGACGUGAAGAAAGGCCUGAUGGAAGACCCUGGAAGCCAUGGUGGAUUCUAUCCCAUCAGGACCCACCUGAACACGGAGGAGGAGUGGACGCGAGCGCUCAAGCUCAUGCUUAUAAAUUUUAAGUCGAGUCUCCUGUGGGUCUCCUUAAGGUAUCAUCAAAAAAGACUUUCUUUUUCUCCAUGA